AUGGCCAACGACUCAAGCGACGACGACGAUGAGCAUGUCAUCAUCGUUGGCAUAGACUUUGGGACUACUUUCUCAGGUGCAAGCUUCGCACACUCAAGAGAGCCCGAGGAAAUUCAGGUGAUCAGUCGAUGGGAAUCCAAGCUGAACCUCAACUCCGACAAAGAGAAAGCACCCUCUGCCAUUCUAUUUCCUGGAAAGCGCGGAACCGUUUCUUGGGGUUAUGGCAUCCCCCCGAACGCCAAGCAAGAGCCUAUGAGAUGGUUCAAGCUUUUGCUGGUAGACGAGAAGGACCUUCCCAACAAGGUGAAGGACUCCCCGCAGAUUGCUGCUGCUCGGAAGAUGGUGGAAGAAGAAAAUAAGGACCCUGUUGAGGUCAUCAGCGCGUACCUCACCCGUUUCUGGGACCAUGCAGUCGAAUGCAUCAUUACCUCACAUGGUCAAGACUUUGUUGAUAUGUGCCGCUUACAGGUCGUCAUCACUCUUCCGGCUAUUUGGCCGGAUUAUGCCAAGGCCCGGAUGCGCAGGGCUGUUGAGGGCGCGGGCAUCUUGAAAGAACGCCCUGCUGGCGAAACAACUUUGUCCUUUAUCUCUGAGCCUGAAGCUGCUGCUCUGGCAACCGUUCGGGACUUAAAAAAAAGACCCAACAUUUCCGUUGGUGACCACAUCAUUGUGUGCGAUGCUGGAGGUGGUACAGUUGACCUCAUCAGCUAUGAGAUUCUCAGCAUGGAACCUUUCGUGGUUCGUGAAGCAGUCGAAGGGGAUGGCGAACUUUGCGGAGGUGUCUUCCUUGAUGAAGCUUUCAUUGAGCUCAUCAAGACGAAGGUUACACCUGAGGCGUGGGCCAAUGUGCCCAAGAACGAAGCCAAGAAGCUUCUCAACGACGAUUGGGAGAAUGGCAUUAAGACCGGCUUCUACGGUCAGAGUGAUAAGUUCUCUUUUGGUCUGCCUUCUGAGUGCCGCGUUCCGGGCACCUCAAAGCGUGGAGUGAAGCGCAAGCAGAACCUGGUUCUCAGCCGCGAUGACCUCCUUACAGUCUUCGAUCCUAUCAUUGACCAGACAGCGGAGCUGGUCCAGAAGCAGAUUGGGGCUGUCCUGAAAAAGACAGACAAGAAGCCCAAGAAAAUCAUCUUGGUUGGAGGUUUCGGUAGAUGCAUCUACCUUCGGACGCGUCUUCAGGAUAUCAUUGGUAAAGGAAUCGAGAUUCUCCAAGGAUCAGGCAACAAACCUUGGAGUGCCAUCAGCCGCGGUGCAGUCAUCAGUGGUUUGACUGCUCGCAACCUUGCACCUGGUCUCUCAGUCGGUAUCGCUUCAAGAAUUUCCCGCAGAAGCUACGGUAUCAGGUACUCAACCCCCUUCAAAUUCGGUGUACAUGAUCCCAAGGACAAGUACUGGUGCACGAAUGAACAUAAGUGGAAGGCGAGAGACCAGAUGGAGUGGUUCCUUGAACAGGGUACCGAUGUUUCAAUUGUGGAUCCAGUCAAUCAUAGCUUUUACCGCCUGCUGGAGACGACCCCGAAGAAAGUCUCCGAGACCAUUUACGCCACUUCUGCUUGGCCUGUGCCCGCGACAUUCAACAAGGAGGUCGAUGAGCUUUGCACCAUCACGUGGACUAAGAAGAUCGACUUGAAGUCUUUGAAGCGCUACACGAGCCCCACAGGCAAGGUAUUUCGCAGGCUGGAGUUCAAUGUCGAGAUGACUUGCUCUGGAAGCAGUGUCGACUUCGCGGUCCUUCAAGAUGGAAAUCAAGUCGGUGCUCAGAAUGUCUCGGUGAUCUUCAAGACGGAGGAGGAUGACUGA